GGAAGACCAGGACGCGCCAGCAAUUCCGUUCGAGGGCCGUGCGCGUCGAGUCCGCCAGUGUUACUGCGGGUGGUUACUGAGGGACCACCCCCCGGGGCAGUACACGGACGCCGUGGAAGCAUUCAUCUCUCCACGAUGUGGUCCCCGCAGUAUUACGCCGACGUCCGAGCGGGCCUCCUCGUCCCAAGCCGUGGAUACGUCGCGGCCCCCGUCGCCGUCCUGCAACCGAACGCACCAUCAGCAGCUGCAGCCGUCUUCAUUUAUGAGACUGUGCAAUUUGAUAUUCUCCGUCUUUUCACUUGUGCUUGUUCCGCAUAAGAGAGCAGAUCAAAAAACAAGAAAUUGCCCAUGAUUUGCAAAUUGUUGUCCUGUUUUUACUUGUUCUCUCUGAGCUUGAUAUCAAUUUUCGAAAGGACCACGAUAACUUGUCAUGCAUACAGAGCGAAGAAAAAACGUUAAAGGGAAAGGGUGGGCUUGGAGGUGCUACUAUGUUUGGCAAACAAGAUGGGAGAGAAAAAAUUGCGCACCACUUUCAUACUGUUGCAAGGAGCAGCUACGUCCUCGACACAAGCAGUAGGUGGCGCGGUGGGAAGUAGAAGCCCCGCUCGAACUCAUAAUGUUGCUGGACAUCUCCCCGUCCUGUUGGGGCGUACAAAAUCGUUAUCUCCAAAGACAAUUCACCGUCCGCCUGGGUAUGCUGGUGGGAAGUAGACAAAUAAAAUCACUAUCGUUUAUACUUGUCGUAGUAAUGGCGCAGUAGAUUUGCGCUGCUCCACGGCUAGAAGUUCGGCUGCUGCGGGCCAAAGCUUUACUACAGCCACUUCCUGGGGUGUUUCCGUGGAAGUGCGAAGAUCAUCAUUCUCGAAGUGAACAACUCAAACGCGCAAGCUGGUUGUAGUGCUCAUCAACAGCCUGCGGGUUGGGAGCGCUGUUGCUUGUUGUAACAGUGUCGCUAAUUUUUGUGCCCUUUCCGUCCCAGGAAAUGAGGAACUGAAAUGAAAUCACGCUUGCUUUUAUGUAUGCGAGCAUAUUUUUCCUACAUCGCGGAUAAUCGUGAAAAUGGUCCCGCCGGGCCAUCUAUCGAUGAAAACAUAUAAUUUCUUGCUCCACCUUCUUUCGACCAGCUUUUUUUUCCAGUUUAGGAUCUACUUUGUUCUGCUCUUUGUAUAUUUUUUGAUUUUAUCAUCCUUCUCUACGUGGGCAGUUUCCACGUAGAGAAGAGCCUCCCCCGGCCAGUAGAAAUAGAAGAGCGACAGUAACACACGCACAUCCGCGAUUUUUCGAAGAUGUCCGACAAGAAUUCCUUAAACGAGACCGGAUUGAUAAUGCGUUUUGAUUGAUUGAUCUUUCUUUUGUAUAAUUGAAUUAUCUAUUAAGGAUGGCACUGUGCCUUUCUUUUGUAAUUUUUAACUCCGAGGACGAGAACGAAGCUGAUUCAUUGUGGGAAGAACGCGCGUCGACCACCAGGCGUCCAAAGUGGGAGUUCUACUUGGAAGCCGCGGGCUUGUAAUGUGGAAG